UUUUCUUCAUUUGCUUUUGUUUUCUUGCGACGACGACAAGUUCUUUGCUUUUUUGAGUUUUGUUUUCAUUCUCAGAAGAAAAAAGUGAAAAUAAUUUUUACAGAAAAGAAGAAAAAUAAUUAAAACAAAUUACCUCAUCCGCCUUCACCCAUGGACCGCAAUAAACUUGGUGGGUCCAGGGGACCAAAGCCCAAGAUCGGAGCACCACACAUGGGAAGUGAAUUGUUUGCUUUGGGCACAAAAGGUACAAGUGGUCGCGAUGACAAGAAUAAGGUUAUGUCUGCGGUCAAAGGAGUCUCGGAUCGCAAGCGCGAACCGUCCACAUCGUUGGGAAAUGUCCCAAAGAAGCCAAAGUUAAGUGGAACCAUUGGAAAUGUGCCGCGUCUCUCGGGCGAGGGAAGCAGCAGUUCAAGUUCUGUGUUGGAACCAUGGGAGCAGCUUGCUAUCGAAUGCGAACCGGUCGAUUUGGUGGAGACCGUCUACGCUGCUCUCGAUCAACAGGAUUCCGAUUCUGUGGUGAGUUACGUGUGUGGCGCCAUAAAACUGCUCUCGUCGCAGCGGACGAAGAACGAUAAUGUCCUCACUCUGGCCCUGCUCUAUCUGGCAAAACUGCGUCCGUCGUUGUUCUGCAAUGACAUUGUCACUUCGGCCCUCAUCUCAAUCCUCAAACGAGAGAGCCAGCAUACGUUCAAGAGUCGCGCCCAUCCUCUGGCACACAUUGUCGCCUGCAAUCUACUCGCUCGCGGUUACCAUGACAAACGGCACUGGCCCGAGAUGUUCCUCAAGACAUACAUCGAUGAUGCCGCCAACGAACGGGUGUGGUCCGACAACGAAUACUGCGCACCCUUCAUCGACAACAUCUGUCUGGCGUUCAAGACGCGAGUUCCCCCCAAAAACAUGCUCCAACCCGAAUUGACGGCGAUGACCCAGCGAGACGCCACCAUCUCAAUCGACGACGACUCCAACGACAACUCGAUGCACGGGGACUCCCUCAAAGGCUGCGAUCUCAAGCUCGACUGCACCCUCCAAAACCGCUACGCAUCAAGUGGACACAUUGUCGAAAAAUACGUGAUGGACGCCAUCAAGGAGCAACUGAAUAAGCGCCAGCAACAGGAUUGCUACACCCGCAACUUCUUAAAAUUCCUCUGCACCACCUCUGGGUUCGGGGAGGUUCGUUCGCUGUGCAUAACUCGACUGGAGCUGUGGAUCCAUAAUGGGAAGCUCAUGAAACCAGCCCAGGAACUAUUGACUUAUAUUUGUUUCAACAUCACAGGACAUACGCAGAAGGACCACGAGGUCUUGGCCACUUUGGUCAAGAUGCGAUUGAAGACCAAACCGCUGAUCAAUGUCUACAUGAUGUGUCUGAAGGAGAUGAUCCAAUUGCAACCCGACAUUCUGCCCAUAACUCUGAAGUACGUCGUCCAGAAUGAGCUGUCCAACGCCAGGAAUCCCAAUAACAUGGGAAUGUUGGCUGCCAUGUUCCAGACUAAGCCGGAGCAAUCGGCUCGACAUCUCGCAGAAAUCUACAAGGAAUUCCUGAUGCAGCGAGAGGAUUGCUUGCGGACGUUGCGAGUCUUCCUGCGGGAGCUUGUCCGCACCCUGAGAUACGACAUCAACAUCGUGGAGUUCUGCAAAGCCUUCCUCACCAGCCGCCAGGACCUCACACCUCUCAUUCAGCAAUCCGAAUACAAGGAUCGCAUCUUCCACUCGAUGGUGGAUCUAACCUGCCUCUGCAUGUUGCUCACAGUCUCGCCACAGGUCCGGGAGGCUAAUGUGUCCCUCCGAAAUGGACGCGAUAUGAAGAGUAAUCCCAUCCUCCUGAAUUUCUAUGCUCAAAUGUCCCAAAUCCAGCUGGACGCCCUCUCCUGGAUGUACGAAUCGGUGCAGGUCAUCUUUAAGCUGCCCGGGCUGGACUACAGUCAAGCUUUGCAUAAAAUUCUCCUGCUCGAAAGUCCUGAACAGUACUCGAAGUGCGACCAAUGGCCUCCGGAGCCGGAACGAGUGACCCUCCUUCGAAUGGUUUCAGAAACGCCAAUUCAUGAGGAUUCUCUUCUGAGAAUCAUCCUCAUUGGGAUAACCAAAGAGAUCCCAUUCACCAUUCCAGACACGAUUGAGGUCAUUGUGUUGGCGAUUAAGAGGGCUUCAGCGCUGCGGAGCAUGGAUUGUCCAGCUGUGGAGGCAAAUAAGUUCGAUAUCAUUGACUUCCUCUUCAGCAUGGCCGAGUACCAUCAUCCGGAGAAGAUCAAGCUCCCAGAGAACUAUGAACCUCCGAAAUUGGCCAUCACAGUUCUGUAUUGGAAGGCAUGGAUCAUAAUGCUGAUGAUUUCCGCCCAUAAUCCCUCGACUUUUGGAGCCUUCUGUUGGGAGCACUAUCCCACGAUGAAGAUGCUCAUGGAGAUGUGCAUCACGAAUCAAUUGAAUGAAACCGCAGUCGCCAAGGAGGAGCUUCAGCUCAUGACCCUGGAACGUGACCAGAUCAUUGAAUUCGAGACUCAUCUUGCAGCUCAAACGUCGCAGGCCAUCAUCACGGAGGAGAACGCGAUUCUUAUAUCCCAAGUUAUGCUAAUGGAUCCCAUGGGAGCCGCUAGAAGGGUUCCUCCAGUUGUGCUGGAACAGUUGAGGCAUUUAAACAAGACUCUGAAGCUCGGCCAUUUGCUGUGUCGAAGCCGCAAGCCGGAUUUGCUCCUGGACAUCAUUCAGAGGCAGGGAACUACCCAAUCGAUGCCAUGGCUCUCGGAUCUCGUCCAGAAUAGUGAAGGUGACUUCAACCAUUUGCCGGUGCAGUGUCUCUGUGAGUUCCUGCUCUCGAAUUCGGCGACAAUAAGUGAAGAAAAUAGCCGUGAUGCUGAGCUCCUGAACUACCUGAGGCAGCUUGUGAAGGACCCCAAUUCAGAGAAGCAGACGGUGUGUGAGGUUCUGGAUUACAUCUUCCGGCGUCUGGCUUCGACGGUGAAGCAGUCGAGAGUGUCGGCUUUGAGUGGCAUCAAGAUGAUCCUGAAGGUGUUUAAUACCACCGACGAGGAAGAGGAUUGGCUGCUGUGCUCCCUGCCGCAGGUUCCACAUUUCAUCCACGCUCGAGCCUCGAUAAUUCCCCAACUGCGAGCUGCCUGUCAGAUCGAGAACAAUCCCGAACUGAUCAUGGUGUAUAUUCAGUUCAUAGCUGCCCACACGUUGCACGAUCCAGUGACCGAUAUGCUGGACCACGUCAUGGACAUGGCUCAGCUGAUUGUGGAGCGGAGCACCAUGUUCCAGCACAUAAUCCCCAUUCAGCCGGAUUCACCUUUGGCUGGGAAGGUGUCGGACGCGUUGGACGAGUGUCGUCUGCAGACACUGAACUGCAUUUUCGUCAUGUUCAACAACUACAUCAUCAAGCUGAGAGAGCACCGGGAGCCUUACGAAUGGACCGAGUAUCCAGAUUUGUUGAUGGUGCACUUUGACGAUGGAGUACAGCUCCCGCUGCAUCUGAACAUCAUCCAUGCCUUUGUCAUCCUGCUCACACAUUCAUCAAUCACUCUGCCCGAUUCCAUACCCAUUCUGGACUACUGGUUCCCCCAAGGACGCCCGGUUCCGCAGGCUUAUCUCCCAGAGACAAAUGAAGCGGUGCAGUUACUGCCGGAUUGGUUGAAGCUCAAGAUGAUUCGGAGUCCCGUGGAGACUCUCGUCGAGGCAGCUAUGUACGAUUUGACUCCCGACCAGAUAGUUUUAUUCGUACAGAACUUUGGCACUCCCAUCAGUUCCAUGUCAAAACUGUUGGCGUUGUUGGAUCGUGCGGUAAUUGAGCAAUUUGACGCGGUGAAGAAUGCCAUCCUGAACAAAGCCUAUCUGGCUCAGUUGAUUGAGAUUCAGCAGGCUCGAGGGGCGAAAAAUGGACACAUUACGGUGCAGGCCUUGGAGUUGCAUUCUCACUCUCAAACCGUGCCCGAUCCACCCAAGACCCAGGUCAACACAAUGGAAUCUGUGAAUUUGGACCAGUUCCAAGUGAUUGCCCCGAUUCCAGCGGAGAAAUCUUCAUCCUCCAGUUCGUCGAAGGGUUCCAAGGAAAUCGAGGAAAUUGUUGAAAUGGUGCUGCGAGCGCCGAACUUGACCAAGUUGAACACAUAUCGCUUUAGAAAGCUCAUCCAUCAGCUCCUGGAACGUGACGGAGCCACUCCCAAGGCCCGUCGAGACAUGCAGAUUCAUGCCUCCAACAAGGCUUUGGUGCAUUUAAUGCGUCUAGUGGAGUCCCCGCGAGGACCAUGCUUCUUUCAGAACAUAUUCCAGAAGUCCCACGCCUGCACAUUCUUCCGAGCGCUCCUCACUUACAUCCCAGCCCAGCUGCAGGACUACGACUUCAUGUUGCACGUAGUGGACAAGAUUAUUCACAAUUUGAGUCUGCAGCCGAACCUCAACAAUGCAACGCUCCUGCAAAUUCUCCAAGUCAAGAAGCAGUCUUUUGCGAAGAAGAUCCAUGCCGCCCCCGAACAGAAGUACACCGAGAAGGAGAACUUCCUGCAGCUCAUGCACAAGGCCAGUGUCACAGAACUCGAGGCGGAGGGAAGGAAGUUCGUCAACGAUAUGAUUGACUGCAAGAAGACAUCCCACCUGGUCGAUGGAAUCAUCACCACUUUGCAGUGCUUACCGAAGACCAGUGAUGCGACUACCAUUGAUUAUGACAGACGGGGGAUUCUGGUGGAUUGGCUGUCGGAAGUCGAUGCUGAGCUGAUAACCGCCGAUAAGGAGCUCCAAAUCGAAGUGAUGUUCUCGAGGAAUCGUGACGACUUUCGAUUCUAUUUGCUUUCGCUGCUGUGUCAUCAGGCGAACUGGGAAACCCUCUACGAGACGGUGAGCUACCUCCUCGAGAAGUACCGGGACAAGUUUGAUUGCAACUCGGUGUUGAACUUCAUCGAAGCGUUGAUCAACAACCCCAAACUGUGGCAAGGGCGGGACAAGGCCGUUUCGAAGCAUGACCAAGCGGAAAUCAUCUUGGAGUUGGGCAUUGAGGAGGGAAAGGUUUUCACGGAGUACAUGCUCCAAGAGGGUGUGAGAGAAAUGGAAUUGAACGGCACCGAUGCUUACGCCGAGAGACUGAGUUCCCGUAUGAAUCUUCUGCUGAAGGUGAUAGGGGAACCGCGUUAUGUCCAUCUCCAGGCUCUGAUCGCCUUCGUCAUAGACUACCCGUGUCCGGAGGCCUUAAAACUGAAGUUCAUCCAGCAGAUGUACCUCAUGAAUCCACCCAUCAAAUUCCUCCAGGACGAUGAACGCCAGGAUGUCUACAAUUCAAACCUGCAGGGUUUGAAAGGCUGCAAGGCCGACAAGGUAACCAACUAUCUGAUAACAUGUUUGGGGAAUUUGCAAUCGAAGAAGGACUACGAAGCGCUGUCCACUGAUACUGAGCUGUUGCUAAGGAAGUUGGCAGCCUCCCAUCCAGCGUUAUUCCUUCGCCAAUUGGGUGUUCUCUCGUCGCUCCUCCAUGGCAAAGCUCACAUGGGCCUAAGGAUCCUCCGUGACGAGCAUCAUAUCCAGAGAUUCAUACAGGUCAUCCGGAUUCUGGAGCUGCUGCAACCGAUGUUGUUUGACGAUGCCUACAAGUUGGGUCUUCAGUCGGCUUUGGAUUGCUAUUUCACAUUCUUCAAGCAUCACAGCCGCGCCAAGGAGGCCUAUCAUAUCCUGGUGAAGCUGGUGGAACUGCUGCAGGCCUACAUCAACACAAACCCAUCGAGUGCUCUCAGUUUCAUCGAACAAUAUACGGGAAUUCUUCAGGAGCUGGCGGCCAAAAACGGCCACUUAGCCCAUCUGCAUCAACUUGUCCAGGGUCUGUCAUUGUUAAAGCACAAAACCUCGGGCAGUGAACUGAAGGAGGACGAAGUGAAGCAGGAGUUCGAUUUGGAAGAGAGUGAUGUUAAGCCUCAGGUUGCUACCAUCGAAAUUCCCGAUGAACCCUCAACCUCCUCAACAGCCACUGCACAACCUGUCGCCACACAACUUGACAUCGAGUCCCGAGGAGCCGCCUCUUUUGCCCUAGCCGGCCCCCAAAGCCGACAACUCCAAAUUUCCCCGCACUUCAUGAACCUCAUUAAUCUGGUGCGACAUUCGAGUGUCGAGGAAACGAUCCUAGGACCUCUGCAAGAAAUCGAGAGUCUCACCUCGAAGCGAUACUCCUUCCUCGGUGAACUCUUCGACCGCCUGCUCGAGUUGAUCUUUUCCCAUAGUGCACAAAUCCGUUCGAACGCCUACAUUCUGCUCAUCCGUCAUUUGAAGCAUCAUCCGGGACGACCUGAUGUCAAUCGCUGUGCGGUUAAUGCCUACAUCCAAUGUUUGCGAGAUGAGAAUUCAACUGUCGCAGCUACGGCUGUCGAUAAUCUUGUUGAAAUGACUGUUCUGCUGCAGGAGUACGCUAAGGAAAUUCUGAGGGUGGCAUUUUCUUUGGGUAUCACGUCGCGUUUGAACACCUGCACCCAAAUCAAGAAAGCCAUUCAAACUUUAAAGCUACAGCAUGGCUGUUAGAUUAACUACGUACGUUCGGGACGUGCGUCGUCGUAUGUCGAAUCGUUGUGGGACUGAGUAUUUUCUCUUUUUAUUGUAAGAUUGUUUUUAAUUUGUAUUUUAUGUAUAACCAUAUAACUAAACGUCUUGAAAAAAUGUAUUAAAUCAAAGUACAAUAAUGAAA